AAAAAAUAUUCUAAAAUUUUAUUUUUGCACAUGGUUCAAAUUCAAGAUCAUAGCGGGCAAUCGAAACCAACGCAUACGAUUAAAUUGGGCGAGUAGAUUAAAGUGAAGGGCGAGUGGAUUGUCGGGCCUACUAGCCCUGCAGGGCGAGUGGCUAUGGAAAAAUUCUUCAACCCCUGCAUUGGAUCAACUCCAUCCACCUAUUCAUUUUACCAAAAACAUGCAUAAUGAACACAAGGACAAACGUACUUAAGUUCAGUUUCAUCCCAAACACAAUAUGUGACUGGAACUCUCUUCCUCCGGACUUGAUUCGCAAAUAAACAGCUACUAAUGAUCCUGUUUCUGCGUUUAUAAACCAAAUUAGAGGGGGGCUCGAAAACUAAGUAUGUUUCACAGCUACUUGACGCACACGCGCAUUAAACCAACCAUGCCCAGCUCAGAUUCCAGCAGUAGUGAUGAUGACAGCGGUAGCAGCAGCAGUAGUUCUAGCAGCGAGUCUGAGCCUCCAGUGAUGUCUCCCAAAAAGACAGGGCCGUCAAAUAAUAAUAAAGGGAAAGUGGAUGAUGAAACAGAUGAACCGGAUGCUGCAGGUGACAAUCAGCAAAAGAAAGUUAAUGCAGAUAGCUUCAAGUGGACGACUGUGAAGAUCAUGGAGUUAGUCCAUGUGGCAAUGUUGAACUGUGAUCCAGGCCAGUUAUCAUUCAUGCCAUACGACCAGGUGAUCGUGGACUGGGACGUUGUGGCACGGACUGUGGAUCUGCCGAGAGCCAAGUGCGAGGAGAAGUGGAAAGUACUGCUGAAAUCUACACGCCACUUCCGAACGCUGCCAGAAGUCAUCACUGAUGUGGUCCUUCAACAUCAUAAAAGUGACCUGUUUCAACACAACAAGCAUGUGGAUCAAGGAAACAGUUCAAAGUCAACUGAGCCAAAGAAGUCAGUUGAGCCGAAAAAGACCAGGAUCCCCGUGAACACCAAUCAUCCAGUGAAACCAAAGCUGAGUGCAUACAGUUACUUCUGUGAGGAGAAAGCCAAGGCUGUACCAGAGUCCGGUGUACAUAAGAUGAUCCGGCUGGGCGUGAUGUGGAAGACGACGGACGAACAAGAAAAGGCACGGUACCAGAAAAUAUGUGAUGAGAGGAAGGAGGCGUAUAUACGGGAGGUGAAGUCGUACGCCACUCUACACCCAGAGGACCUUGUGAUACAGCAUACCCUGGCUGAGCUGAGGAAAUCAGAUGAGAGGAAGAGAAAAGAAGAGGGCUCAAAAGCAAAAGUAAAGAAUGGUGCGGUUUUAAAUACUGACUCCCCUAAGAAAAAAUCUAAACCUGUAGAAAAUGAUUCAUCCUCACAAGAAGACCUGAACAAGACACUUCCUGUAGUUUCAAAUGCCAAGACCCCGGUUAAGAGACACCAUUCAGACACAGAGUUGUCUGCUAAGAAGAAGAAGAAAAAGAAGGAGAAGAAAGCGCGAAGGGAAGCCAUGGUUACUGCAGAGGAUGUCUAUAUAGAGGAGAGGUUUGAUGACUACAAGAUCUCCAAGCCAGACAUGGAGGACAACGAUAUAAAGGCCAGGCUCACACACAAGUUUGGCAAAAUGUCGGACAAAAAGAAGGCAAAGUAUGAGGCAUUGGCAGCAGAGAGGAAUGGCUGAGGACAAAAGAUUACUAAAGACUGGAGUAAAAAAACUGACAACUUUUGGAGUAAAAACUUUGAUAAAUUUUUUAAUAUUUUGUGAUUUGUUAACAGCCCUUCAAGAUCUCUUAAUUAAGUUAUUAGAAUGAAGUCGCUCUACUGUAAACUGUUAGUUACAAAAAUGAAAUAUAAAAUAAUACCCUUGCUCUUGGAAACGGGGCUUAAUGCAUGUGCAUAAAGUAUCCUACCAAUAUGCACAGCCUAAUCAGGGAUGACUCUUUGCUUUAAUGGUAGAUAUAUUUUUUUAAAGGAAGAAUUCUUAGAAUCCAUUUAAAGCGGAAAGUGUUGCCUUUAUAAGCCUGUGUGGACUGCACAGGCCAACAGUCUGGGAUGACAUGUCAAGCACAUGCAUUAAGCCCUGUUUUCUCAAUAUUUGGCUCUCUAUGCAAAACAUUGCUACCAUGUUAUCAGGCCUGGGAUGGUCAGUUCUAUCAGUCAGCGACCCAUGUUUGCUGGUCAGCUGUUGUUGCAGCAUUGUCGUUUUGUUUGACCCUGUGUUCAUUUUCAUGUUGAAGGAUGCUCCAUGGUGGCAGCUAUUUUAACUCGAGCACUCUUUAAUUUGAAAGAAUCAUGGUGAAGUGUACUGGUAAGAAAUGUAGUGCAUUAUACGGGUUGUGUCAGUAUACAUUGGCACUAAUGUAAACAAUCCAGUCCACAGUGUUUUAAUAAGCUCACCUGAGCACAUGCUCAUGGUUAACUUGUGUGAUCGCUAUUGUCCGAUGUGCGUCAUCUGUCCGGUGUGCGUCAUCUGUCCGGUGUACGUCAUCUUUCCGGUGUGCUUCAUCUAUCCGGUGUGCGUCAUCUGUCCGGUGUGCGUCAUCUGUCCGGUGUGCGUCAUCUGUCCAGUGUGCGUCAUCUGUCGGGUGUGCGUCAUCUGUCCGGUGUGCGUCAUCUUUCCGGUGUGCGUCAUCUGUCCGGUGUGCGUCAUCUGUCCGGUGUGCGUAAUCUGUCCAGUGUGCGUCAUCUGUCCGGUGUGUGUCAUCUGUCCGGUGUGGGUUAUCUGUCCGUUGUAUCUGGUAUUAUACUUGUAGACCUUUCCUUGGAUUGCAUUUUUUAUUCGCCCGUUUUCGAAAACAGGACUUAUUAUAAGAUAACCUUUGGCGGGCGGUGUCCACCGCAGUGUCUGCUCUCUAAUUAUCCCCCGCCAUAGGCGGAGGGAUAUUGUUUUGGCGUUGUCCGUCCGUCCUUCCGUCCGUCUUUCCAUCCGUCCGUCUGGAGCCAUAUCAUGGAAGUGCUUUGGCGGAUUUCAUUGAAACUUGGUAUGAGUAUAUAUAUGGGUAAAAGGAUAAUGCAUGCCAAAUGGCAUUGUACACCAUCUGAUAAUAACAGAGUUAUGGCCCUUUAUAUUUUGAAAAAAUGAUUUUUGUGUGUCCAGAGCCAUAUCUUGGAAGUGCUUGGGCGGAUUUCAUUAAAACUUAGUAUGAGUGUCCAGAAGCAUAUUUGCGGGGGAUAUCAUUUCAACGAAUUUGCUUGUUCAAAUGGUUUUCAUCAGAUCUUCACCAAAAUUGGUCAGAAGUUGUAUCUAGACAGUAUCUAGGUCAAGUUCGAAUAUGGGUCAUGCCAGGUCAAAAACUAGGUCACUGGGUCAUUUCACUUAGUGCAUUUAAAUUAUUUAGCAUGGUGUCCACUCUCUAUUUUAAGUAGUUUUCAUCGGAUCUAAACCAAGUUUGAUCAGAAGUUGUGUCUUAUUGAUAUUAAGGUAAAGUUCAAAAAUGGGUCAUGCUGGGUCAAAAAAUAGGUCAUGAGGUCACUAAGUGCAUUUCAAUCAUUAAGCAUGGUGUCCGCUCUCUAAUUGGAGUAGUUUUAAUCCGAUCUUCUCCAAAUUUGGUCAGAAGUUGUGUCUAAAUGAUAUCAAGUUCAAAUAUGGGUAUUGUCCAAAACUAUCAAACGGGCGUAUCUUGUGACAGUUUGGUACUCUUGUUUUGGCUGGUAGGAUCAAGGUGAAGGGCACUGUUAAUUUUAGGAGAAAAUCAGAUUCUUCUCAUAAACUUAUGCUCGACUAAGGACUGUUAGAGGUAUAGUUAUAAUAUUCUGUGGGUAGGUAGCUUAUCUGCAGAUUUUGAGAUUUGCACUAUUCUUUUAAUGUUAUUAGAUUAUAAUGGUAAAGACUUGGUUUUAUGGCUUUUCCAUGUUAUAUGUGUCUGUUUUUUCUGUUUCAUCUGUACACAAGUUAAUACAUCCCUAAAAUGGGUGUAUUUCAUGACUAGCUGGCAUUCCUGUGAACAGAUUGAUGUGUUUUUAUUGUAUUUUGUUUUAUACUUAUUGCAUGCAAUAUGUCUUAUUUGGUUUUUUUAAUGUCAUUUCAGACACUGAUGAAAAUUUUCAAAUUUGUUAGUGCAUGAAAUUCUGCACAAACAUACACCAUGUUACAUUGUUGGUCGUUCAUUGAGUCACCUCAGGCACUGGUUUUAUGUAUUCAUUGUGUACUGGUUUUAUGUAUUCAUUUUGUAUUUGUGUUUUAAUUGAAACUCUUUUUAAAUGUUGUGUGUUAUUGUCCCCUACCGGUGAAUUUGGAGGGGACUUAUGGUUUGCGCUCUGUCAGUCUGUCCAUCAGUCUGUCUGUCACACUUUUUUGGAUCCUGCGAUAACUUUAAAAGUUCUUCAUAUUUUUUCAUGAAACUUAAAAUAUGGAUAGAUGGCAAUAUGGAGAUUAUGCAUGUCAUUUCAUUUUGUUCCUAUGUCAAUAAUAUGGUUGCUAUGGCAACAAAUAUAAAAAAAUAAUAAAAAAUUCUGGCAAUGGUGGAGUUUCACUGGUAGGGAACCAUAUUGCUUGGCAAUCUCUUGUUUUUAUAUAAAUUUGUAAAUGUUUUGUAACAUGAAUAUUUGUUUUGAAGCAUGUCCAUGUAUUGACCUUUUACCAGUGAGGCCUUUAUAAUAUGAUUUAUUUCAUGAAUCACCAUUGGCAUUUUAUCAAGACAAUGUAAAUUAUUGUGUAUGGUUUCUGCUGUUAACCCUUUUAGCGCUGGAACCGGAUUUUAAAGGCCUUUUCAAACAGUUUGGAUCCAGAUGAGACGCCACAAAAUGUGGCGUCUCAUCAGGAUCCAAACUGUUUGCUAUUCUGAUAGUAUUAUUUGAAAAAAUUCGAAGAAAAUGCCAAUUUUAGAAAUUCAGCAGACGACAUUUUGCAGACGACAAAUUUUCCAGCAUGCAAAGGGUUAAAGGAUACACUUAACCUUGUUCUGCAAAAAUGGGGCUUAUUAAAUUGCAUAAAGUGUUGUCCUAGAUGAGCCUGUGCAGUCACCACAUUUUCCAAGUUAUUUGUUUCCUCUAAAAAAACUUUAAAUAUUUUUGCUUUCUACUAAUUUUCUUAAUCCAUUGUUAUAAAUUGUAGUCCUUGACGUUUCAUAAUUGUAUGUCAGGGGUCAUCUUCAUGGCAAUCAUGUCAAGUAUUCUAUAACAGUGUUUUUUUAUGGCAAUUUCGGGGCCGAUAUUCGGCCCCAUUGCCCUAAAAAAAGAGUAUAUAUUUUUCCCCCAUUUUGUAGAAAAAAUCCCCACCAAAAGUAAAAAAAAAAUUUUUUUUAAUUUUUUUUUUUGUUGUUGAAGUAACUGUUUUAUGAUAAAUAUACAGGGCUCAACAUUUAUGGUUGUCCUAUUGCCCCUGGCAAGUAAAAGUUGGGUCUGGGCAAGUAAUUUUAUAAUCUAGUUGUCCGCCCGGAAAAGUGCAAAGAAGAACAAAGAGCAUUUAAAAAGAACAAAGAGCAUUUAAUUUAGACUUUAAUUGCUGUAAUCAUUUUGUUAAAUGUUCAAAAAUAAAAAAGGUUUUGUGGUGUAUCAUUUUGGUUUAUCAAACAAUAUGAGGUUUACAGUUGAUGCGAUAUUUCAUGUUUGGGCAAGUUGCUUUACGUUCAGUGCAAGUAGAUUUUGGAAGUACUGGCCCGGUAGGGCAAGUUGGUUUUUCGGUUAAUGUUGAGCCUUGAUAUAUCUCAAAUUUAUUUCAUAAACAACUAAUUAAGUAUAUAACUAUAAUUAAUAUUAUUUUGAAUUAUUAUAAAAAGUUAUAUUAAGUUAGUUUUUCCCAAAUCAGUUAAUUUAACAUGAAUUGCAUUUUUUUCCAAAAAUGGCCAGGGAAAGGCCUGAUGUAUCUAGGUAUAUUGUGUCAAUAUUCGUUGAUAAAAACAUUCCGAUUUGGUCCAUUUUAUCGAUAAAAAAUGCUCGCAUUUUCCAUUUUAUCGAUUAAAAAAAUCCCAAUUAGACUCAAAAUGGCAAGGAAAACUAAGACUGUGCAUGGAGGCUGAACUGUCUGAAACAAAUGUUGAAAAAACCAUUGGUACAGUAUAUAUUUAAGAAAUAGGACAAAGACAUUCAGCUGUGAAUAUUACAUUCAUGCAUACAUGUGUAUUCAUAUAAUAAAUAUCAUUACAUAUAAAAGAGUAAAUUUUUAAUUUUUUCCCCUUUGGACUGGUCCCGCCACCAUUCCCCUAUAGGUGAAAAAAAAAAAUGUUUAACAUGUGUUCAUAUGUCAUCCAAGGGUGUUCAUGGGUGUUUUGAUGUAAGCUGUGAAAUACUGCGAUGUGUUCAAUAAUUAAGUAGGAACAGUGACCUAUGUUUUAUAACAAAGUUCAAUAAAAGAGUUGCUAUGGUUUACCAUGUUUUGUUACAAUUUUAAUUAGUUGAGAAGCUGCGGUUUACCAUGUUUUGUAACAAUUUUGAUUAAUUGAGUAGCCACGGUUUACCAUGUUUUGUAACAAUUUUGGUUAAUUGAGUAGCUACUGUUUACCAUGAUUUGUAACUAUUUUGGUUAAUUGAGUAGCUCCGGUUUACAUGAUGCUGUAACAAGGUUCAACUAUAGAGUAGCUACGAUUCACCAUGUUAUGCAAUCAAAGUACUAUAACAGAGUGGUGACAAAGUAUAAUAAUAAUAAAGCAACUAUGGUUUACAAUGUUUUGUAACAAAGUUUUAUAAAACAGAAGCUAAAAUUUACAAUGUUUUGUUGUGACAAAGUUCAAUAAUUAAGAAACUAUGUAUUACAAUGAUUUGUAACAAAGUUUUAUAAAACAGUAGCUACACUUUACAAUGUUUUGUUGUGAAAAAGUUCAAUUAAAAAGGAACUAUGAUAAAAUGAUUUGUAACAAAGCUUUAUAGUUCAGUAGCUACCGUUCACCAUGUUAUGUAAGAAAGCUCAAUAAACGAAUACCUGCAGUUUUCCAUGUUUAGUAACACAGUUAUACAGAAAAGUAGCUACAAUUUACCAUGUUUUGUCCCGAAUGUCCAUAAUAGAGGAACUAUGUUCCAACAUACUUUGUAACAAAGUACAAUAAUAAAGUAGUUACGUUUUACCAUGUUUUGCAACAAAGUUCUAUGAUAAGAGUAGAUAGGGUAAGCCUUAUUAUGUAACAAAGACUAGUAAUAGAGUAUGUACAAUUUAGCCUGUUUUGUAACCAAUUUUAAUGUUAAUUACUUACUUCAUCAUAUUUUGUCAUGAGAAACUGUUUUCUGUGUUUUUUGUCGAAACAAUUAAUCAAAAUGGCAAUUAAGACCACACAACUUUCUUGGGUGGCAGCCCUAUUUAAUUAAAUUAUCCAUUUUCAUCAGUCAUUUUAAAAUCUAAACAUUGGAAAUUUUGUACAUAACAAAAUGUCAACUCAAUUUUGAUUCUUCGUAUUUUUAGAUGCUUUUAUUGUUCUGCAUUUUAAUAUUUCUGUUGCAAUUUGAUGACAAGUUUUAUACAUGUAUAUAAGAAAACAUCAGAACCUAAAUAAAGAAGUUGUGAAUAGCUG